AUGCAUGCAUGGUAUGUGUGCGUGAUGGUUGCAACUAUCAUCCUUGCUACUAGUGGUGAUGUUUCUGCGACCAUGGAUGAAUCAAAAUUCUUGGCGACUAUCGCUUCCGCCAAAUCAAGUGGCGCCAAGCGAUUCCUGAGGAGCUACAACAUGGACGAUCUGGACGAUGAGGAAAGGAUGAACAUCAACCCCGAAAUGAUUAGAAAGUUCAGCACUGGGAAACUUGACGAGCUCGUCGAAGGAGCAAAACGCAACAAUAUUAACCCCUCUGAUACCGUAAAAUGA